UUCAUCAUGGCUGCCGUAUGUACUAGUCUGCACAGUAACGCUCUGCUCGGAGACUGACUCUCCGCUCCUUUAGUGCCUCACAUUUACUUUCUCCGCCUCGACAUUUCGGCAAAUAAUCCCGCUUGCAUGAGCCCAAACCUCCCUGGUUGUGUUGUCUCAUAAUAACCAGCCUUCAUCAAGCAUUUCGUCGGGCCUUAAACACCCCCUUAAAAAGACAGAGAGAAAAACAGGCAACAUUUUGUUUCUCCAAUGGUCUGAAUACACUUUCCGCCUUUAUGAACCAUGUGUGAGAACUGCGCCGAGCUGCUGGAGGUGCUCAAUGAGAUCUCGGAUGCAGACAGCUCAGACGGCCUGCAGCUGAAGAAGGAGCAUGCCUUAAGAGUCUUCACUUACAUCAGCACAUGGACACAGAGGCAGUGUCUGUGCUGUUUCAAGGAAUACAAACACCUCGAGGUGUUCAGCCAACUGGUUUAUGCCCUCAUUAACUUGGUCAUUGUUCAAGUAACCAACCUUAGGGACCGUCUACACAGUGGCAAUGGCAACACUAGGACAGAGGGGGCGGAGUCCGAAUGGGGCUCCGCCCAGCCACAGCCAUCGCCCAGUGAGGACGAGCCGCUGAAUGUGGAACGGGACUCGGCUGAAGAGGAUGGUGGAGUGGAGGAUGGAGAUCAGCACAAGAACCAAAAUGAGGGGGUCAAACCGGAUCCCCAGCCCAAGCUCAGUGAACCCACGGCGGGCGAGAGCGGGAACGACAGCGGCCUGGACCCGUUUGCAUCAUGGAGCACAGAAGACCAGGAGAAACUGCUGCUGUGUGCUGCCAAGAUCUUUCAGAUCCAGUUCCCUUUGUACACAGCCUACAAACACAACACGCACCCCACUAUAGAGGAUAUCUCCGCACAAGAGAGCAAUAUCCUCGGCUCUUUCUGUGAUAUGAAUGAUGUGGAGGUCCCUCUGCACCUGCUGCGAUAUGUGUGUAUGUUCUGCGGGAAGCACGGCCUCUCUCUGAUGAAGGACUGCUUUGAAUUCGGCGCUCCUGAUACUCUCCCCUUCCCCAUCGCACAUGCCUUCAUCACCAUCGUCUCUAACAUCAGAAUAUGGUUGCACAUUCCCGCUGUGAUGCAGCACAUCAUCCCGUUUCGUGCUUAUGUUAUCAGGUAUCUGUGUAAGUUGUCGGAUCAGGAGCUGCGUCAGAGCGCGGCGCGUAACAUGGCCGAUCUGAUGUGGAGCACGGUGAAGGAGCCGCUGGACAGCGCACUGUGUUUUGACAGAGAGAGCUUGGAUCUGGCCUUCAAAUACUUCAUGAGUCCAACGCUCACCAUGAGACUGGCCGGCCUGAGCCAGAUCACGAAUCAGCUGCACACCUUCAAUGACGUUUGUAAUAACGAGUCCCUGGUGUCUGACACUGAGACGUCGAUAGCAAAGGAACUCGCUGACUGGCUCAUCAACAACAAUGUUGUUGAGCACAUAUUUGGACCAAAUUUGCACAUUGAGAUCAUUAAACAGUGCCAAGUGAUCCUGAACUUCCUUGCAGCCGAGGGCAGGCUGAGCACUCAACAUGUGGACUGCAUAUGGGCCGCCGCUCAGCUGAAACACUGCAGUCGCUACAUCCAUGACCUGUUCCCCUCGCUCAUAAAGAACCUGGACCCUGUUCCUCUGCGGCACGUGCUCAGUCUGGUGUCAGGGUUACACCCCAGCGCACACACCGAACAGACACUGUAUUUGGCGUCCAUGUUGAUCAAGGCCUUGUGGAAUAACGCUCUGGCAGCCAAAACUCAGCUGUCCAAACAGAGCUCUUUCGCCUCCCUGCUCAACACCAACAUUCCCAUGGGCAACAAGAAAGGUUCUCCUGCAGGAAGCCCAGAGAGCAGUGACAACAGCGACACGCAUCACAGUGGAGGAAGUGACAUGGAGAUGGACGAGCCGAUCAUGAGCAGUGGAAAACGAGGGCAGCAGAGGCUGUCGGACACGGAGGAGUCUCUGCAGGGCAGCUCUGAUGAGACGGCCAACAGCGGCGAGGAGGGCAGCAGCAGCGGCCGCAGCGAGGCGUCCAGCAAUGAGGCUGGAUCCAGCCGAGCCAGCCAAUCAGCAGGCAGCCCGGGCAGCGAGCUGCACUCCGACGACAUGGCUGACAGCGAGGCCUUGAAGGAGGAGGAAGAGGAGGAGGAAGAAGAAGAGGACGAUGACGAGGAUGACGAAGACGACGAUGAGGAUGACGAAGACGACAGGCCCGUUGUCGCCUCCGAGGGCAGCCCUCAGAAAGAAACCAGAGACUCCAGAGAGCCGUCUACGUCAGAGCUGCGUAAACGCAAAGCCGGCGAAGCACUCGGAGAGGUCCAAGGUCCUCCGGAGCGACCCGGAAUUCCGCCCGGUGUUCCCGGCUCCAUCGCCUCCGCUCCCGGACUUUCCAAAACCAAAUCCAUUCCCUUCACCCCAGAGGCAGCCGCUGCCAUGGUAGCCUCGUCUUCUUCCCUUAGGAUCCUCGAGCCUUGCUCUUCUUCAUCUGUGUGCCUGGAGGGAACGUCAGGAGAGCAGGCUGAUUCCCAAUCCCAGAACCCCCAGCAACCACAGCAGGGUGGCACAGAGAUGGGCUCCUCACACGGAGCGUCUGUUUCCCAGGAGCCGCCCUGCAUGCCUCGACCAGCGGACUUCCUGACGGAGGCUAUGGGCAAUGAGCUCUUCAACUGCAGGCGUUUCAUCGGCCCUCAGCAUCACCACCAUCAUCAUCACCACCAUCAUCAUCACCACCACCAUGAUGGUCACAUGGUAGAGGACAUGCUGAGCGCUGAUGACGUGAGCUGCAGCAGUUCUCAAGUCAGUGCCAAAUCCGAGAAGAACAUGGCGGAUUUUGAUGGAGAGGAGUCUGGCUGUGAGGAGGAGCUGGUCCAGAUCAACUCGCACGCAGAGCUCAGCUCGCACCUGCAGCAACACCUGCCUAACCUGGCCUCCAUAUACCAUGAACAUCUGGUGCAAGGUCCGGCGGUGCACAAACAUCAGUACUCUGUGCACACGGUGACCGACAUCAACCUGGACAACGUCUGCAAGAAAGGCAACACCCUUCUUUGGGACCUGGUCCAGGAUGACAAUGCGAUCCACCUAUCAGAAGGCUUGAUUAAUGAGGCAGAGAAGCUGUUGUGCUCUCUGGUCUGCUGGUUCACUGACCGUCAGAUCCGCAUGCGUUUCAUCGAGGGCUGUCUGGAGAACCUCGCCAACCACCGGUCAGUGGUGGUGUCUUUGCGUUUGCUGCCGAAGCUCUUCGGGACCUUCCAGCAGUUCGGCUCUAGCUACGACACUCACUGGAUAACCAUGUGGGCGGAAAAGGAACUGCACAUGAUGAAGCUCUUUUUUGAUGAUCUGUUACACUAUAUCCAGGAAGUGAGAGAGCAGCACCACAAAUUUGCUCUGUACAGUCACAGUGCAGAGGUGCAGGUGCGUCUGCAGUUCCUCACCUGUGUGUUCUCAACGCUCGGAUCACCUGACCACUUCAGGUUGAGUCUGGAGCAGGUGGACAUCCUGUGGCACUGUUUAGUGGAGGACUCCGAGUGUUACGACGACGCCCUGCACUGGUUCCUAAACCAGGUCCGCAGUAAAGACCAGCACGCCAUGGGCAUGGAGACAUACAAACACCUCUUCCUGGAGAAGAUGCCUCAGCUGAAGCCGGAGACGAUCAGCAUGACGGGACUCAAUUUGUUUCAGCAUCUGUGCAAUCUGGCUCGUCUGGCCACCAGCGCCUACGACAGCAGCUCCAACUGCGAGUUGUGUGGUAUGGAUCAGCUGUGGGGAAUCGCGUUGAGGGCUCAGUCUGCAGACAUCAGCCGCGCUGCCAUCCAGUACAUCAACUCCUAUUACAUCAGCGGUAAAACGGGUCUGGAGAAGGAGCAGGAGUUCAUCAGUAAGUGUAUGGAGAGCUUGAUGAUGGCGUCUGCUAACCUGGAGAAAGACGCCCACUCCAGCCUGACCAUCAUAGAGAGAGGACUGCUGCUGCUCAAAACACACCUGGAGGCCUUCAGACGCAGGUUUGCGUAUCACCUGCGGCAGUGGCAGAUUGAGGGCACGGGCAUCAGCAGUCAUCUGAAAGCUCUCAGUGAUAAACAGUCUCUCCCGCUCAGGAUCGUGUGUCAGCCAGCAGGACUGCCUGACAAGAUGACCAUCGAGAUGUACCCCAGCGAUCAGGUGGCUGAUCUGAGGGCAGAGGUCACGCACUGGUAUGAGAAUCUUCAGAAGGAUCAGCUCAGCCAGCAGGCACAGCUGCAGGAGUUCGGUCAAACCAGCCGCCAGCAGGACUUCCCAGGAUCGUGUGUCAGCCAGCAGGACUGCCUGACAAGGUGCGCCUUCGUCAUCAUCAUCAUCUUCCUCAUCGCUAGUGGAUCUGACGGUUUGUGCUGGAAGGAUCUGUUGAGGAUCAAGAGCCCUCAUAAGCUGCUCUACGCUUUAGAAAUCAUAGAGGCCCUCGGCAAACCCAACCGCAGGAUUCACCGCGAGUCUACGGGCAGUUACAGUGAUCUGUAUCCAGACUCUGACGACUCCAGUGAGGAACAGAUCGAGAACAGCAAGAACACUUGGAGCUGUAAGUUUGUGUCGUCUGGAGGUCUUCAGCUUCUGCUGGACAUUUUUAACUCUGCAAUUUUAGAGCCGAAAGAGCAAGAAUCCUGGACUGUGUGGUUGUUGGACUGUCUCGCGUGUCUGCUGAAGCUCAUUUGUCAGUUUGCGGUGGAUCCGGCCGAUCUGGACCUGGCCUAUCAUGACGUUUUUGCCUGGUCUGGUCUCACGGACACACAGAGGAAGAGGGCGUGGCCAGGGAAGUCCCGCAAAACUGCCGGGGAUCAUGGGAAGGGCCUGCAUAUACCUCGUCUCACAGAGGUUUUUCUAAGUCUUGUUCAAGGCACCAACCUCAUCCAGCGGCUCAUCAACGUGGCCUACACAUACGACAAUCUGGCACACAGGGUUUUAAAGGCUCAAUCAGAUCACAGAUCCAGACACGAGGUGACUCAUUUCUCCAUGUGGCUGCUGGUGAGCUGGGCUCACUGCUGUUCUCUGGUGAAAUCCAGCCUGGCUGAUAGUGAACAUCUGCAUGACUGGCUAAAGAAGCUCACGCUGCUCAUACCUGAGACGGCGGUGCGUCAGGAGGCGUGCAGUGGUCUGUAUAAGCUGUCUCUGUCCGGUCUGGAGGGAGGAGAAUCCAUCAAUAGAUCCUUCCUGCUGCUCGCCGCGUCCACACUGCUCAAGUUCCUGCCAGACGCACAAGCGCUUAAACCCCUGAGACUGGAGGAUUUUGAGGAGGAGGCCUUGUUUCACACCGGCUGUAAGGAGUAUUUCUGGCUGCUCUGUAAACUCAUUGACAACAUCCACGUGAAAGACGCCAGUCAGACCACCCUGCUGGACCUGGACGCUCUGGCGCGACACCUCGCCGACUGCAUCCGCAGUCGUGAGAUUUUGGACCAGCAAGACGGGGCGAUCGAGGAUGACGGUCUGACAGGUCUCCUGCGUCUCGCCACCAGCGUCCUGAAGCACAAACCUCCCUUUAAGUUUUCUCGGGAGGGUCAGGAGUUCCUCAGGGACACGUAUGACCUGCUGUUCCUGCUGCCCAGCCUGAAGGACCGGCAGCAGCCCAAAUGCAAGAGUCCCGCGGCACGCGCCGCGGCCUACGACCUGCUGGUGGAGGUGGUCAAGGGUUCGGUGGAGAACUACAGACUGCUGCACAACUGGGUCAUGUCGCAGCACAUGCAGGCAUCGCAUGCUCCGUAUAAAUGGGAUUACUGGCCUCAUGAUGAUGUCAGAGCAGAGUGCCGUUUUGUGGGAUUGACUAACCUUGGCGCCACGUGUUACCUGGCCUCCACCAUUCAACAGCUCUACAUGAUCCCGGAGGCCAGACAGGCCGUCUUUACUGCUAAAUAUUCAGAGGACAUCAAGCAUAAGACCACAUUGCUGGAGCUGCAGAAGAUGUUCACUUAUCUAAUGGAGAGUGAGAGGAAGGCGUAUAACCCUCGUCCCUUCUGUAAGACCUACACGAUGGACAAACAGCCUCUGAACACAGGAGAGCAGAAAGACAUGACCGAGUUCUUCACAGACCUCAUCACCAAGAUAGAGGAGAUGUCUCAGGACCUGAAAAACACAGUCAAAACGCUGUUUGGAGGCAUCAUCACCAACAAUGUGGUUUCACUGGACUGUGAUCACGUGAGUCAGACGGCUGAGGAGUUUUACACAGUCAGAUGUCAGGUGGCCGAUAUGAAGAACAUCUAUGAGUCUCUGGACGAGGUGACCAUUAAGGACACUCUGGAGGGUGAUAACAUGUACACCUGCUCUCAGUGUGGGAAGAAAGUCCGCGCUGAAAAACGGGCUUGUUUUAAGAAGCUCCCGCGGAUCUUGAGCUUUAACACCAUGCGCUAUACAUUCAACAUGGUGACCAUGAUGAAGGAAAAAGUAAACACGCACUUUUCUUUCCCGCUGCGGCUCGACAUGACGCCGUACACCGAGGACUUCCUCAUGGCCAAGGGAGACAGGAAGGAAGGUUUCCGUGACGACAGUGAUGCCAAAGUGGUGGAGAGUUACGAGUAUGACCUCAUCGGUGUGACGGUGCACACGGGCACGGCAGACGGCGGCCAUUAUUACAGCUUCGUCAGGGACAUCAUCAACCCGCACGCUUACCGCAAUAACAAGUGGUACCUGUUUAACGACGCUGAGGUGAAGUCGUUUGAUUCGGCUCAGCUGGCCUCAGAAUGUUUUGGUGGAGAGAUGACGACAAAAACAUAUGACUCUGUCACAGACAAGUUCAUGGAUUUCUCCUUUGAGAAGACCCACAGUGCCUACAUGCUGUUCUAUAAGAGAGUGGAGGAGGAGAAUGAGAAGGACUUGAACUUUGACAUUUCUCCUGACCUUCUGGAGUACAGACAGAGAUUAUCUUACUAUAGGGAGGAUAAGAGGGUCUGUAUUACUUGCUAUUGGAGAAAGCGUAACGGCUAACUUUGGUCACGUUGCCGUAAGCUGAAUCACACCUGUCGCAAAAAGUCAGCGACUUCUCUUAUAAAAAAGCAUUUAUUCGUGGUAAACGCUCCCACAAUGCUGCAGUGGAUCGAACUCUUGACCAAACAAUUUAACAAUAGCCAAGCUGCCUGUGAGUGGUUUUUGGAUCAGAUGGCAGAUGAUAACUGGUGGCCAAUGCAGAUUCUCAUCAAGUGUCCCAAUCAGAUUGUACGUCAGAUGUUUCAGAGGUUGUGUAUUCACGUGAUCCAGCGCCUCAGACCGGUCCACGCUCACCUGUACCUGCAGCCGGGCAUGGAGGACGGCUCUGAUGAUAUGGAUGGGCCGGUGGAGGACAUCGGCAGCCGCUCAUGUGUGACGCGGUUCGUCAAAACGCUGCUGUCAAUCAUGGAGCACGGAGUGAAGCCGCACAGCAAACAUCUGACUGAAUACUUUGCCUUCCUCUAUGAGUUUGCCAAAAUGGGAGAAGAGGAGAGUCAGUUCCUCUUGUCUUUGCAAGCCAUUUCUAUAAUGGUGCAUUUCUACAUAGGCACUAAAGGACCUGAAAAUCCUCAGGUGGAGGUGUUAUCUGAGGAGGAGGAGGGUGAGGAGGAUGAAGAGGAGGACAUCCUCUCACUGGCGGAGGAGAAGUACAGGCCAGCCGCUCUGGAGAAGAUGAUCGCGCUCAUAGCUCUGCUGGUGGAGCAGUCCAGAUCCGAGAGACACUUGACUCUGUCUCAGAGUGACAUGGCCGCACUGACCGGAGGAAAAGGUUUCCCCUUCCUGUUCCAGCACAUCAGAGACAGCAUCAACAUCCGACAGACUUGCAACCUCAUAUUCAGCCUCUGCAGAUACAACAACCGCCUGGCUGAACAUAUCGUGUCAAUGCUGUUCACCUCUAUCGCUAAACUGACUCCAGAGGCGGCAAAUCCGUUCUUCAAGCUGCUGACGAUGCUGAUGGAGUUUGCUGCAGGUCCUCCGGGAAUGCCCUCGUUUGCGUCCUACAUCCUGCAGAGGAUCUGGGAGGUGAUCGAGUAUAACCCGUCUCAGUGUUUGGACUGGUUGGCCGUUCAGACUCCGCGUAAUAAGCUGGCUCACAGCUGGGUUCUGCAGAACAUGGAGAACUGGGUGGAGAGGUUUCUGCUGGCGCACAACUACCCACGAGUCCGAACAUCUGCGGCGUAUCUGCUGGUAUCUCUCAUCCCGAGCAACUCCUUCCGUCAGAUGUUCCGCUCCACACGUUCUCUUCACAUCCCCACGCGGGACCUCCCGCUGAGUCCCGACACCACCGUGGUUCUGCACCAGGUCUACAACCUGCUGCUGGGCCUGCUGGGCCGGGCCAAGCUCUACGUGGACGUGCCGGUGCAUGGGACCACCAAACUGGUGCAGUACUUCAGCUUCAUGACCUACUGCCUCAUCUCCAAAACCGAGAAGCUCAUGUUCUCCAGCUACUUCAUGGACCUCUGGAACCUCUUCCAGCCUAAGUUAUCAGAGCCAGCCAUCGCCACGAAUCACAACAAGCAAGCGCUUCUGUCCUUCUGGUAUAACGUCUGCAUGGACUGCAGCGAGAAUGUGCGUCUCAUCGUCCAAAACCCAGUCGUCACAAAAAACAUUGCCUUCAACUACAUCCUGGCCGAUCACGACGAUCAGGAGGUGGUGCUGUUCAACCGCGGGAUGCUGCCGGCGUAUUACGCCAUCCUGCGCAUGUGCUGCGAGCAGUCGCCCACCUUCACCCGCCAGCUGGCCUCACACCAGAACAUACAGUGGGCCUUCAAAAACCUCACGCCCCACGCCAGCCAGUACCCAGGGGCGGUGGAGGAGUUGUUUAACCUGAUGCAGUUGUUUGUGGCUCAGAGGCCUGAUAUGAGAGAGGAAGAGCUGGAGGACGUAAAGCAGUUCAAGAAGACCACCAUCAGCUGUUACCUGCGCUGUCUGGACGGACGCUCCUGCUGGACCACUCUCAUCAGUGCCUUCCGUAUUCUGCUGGAGAACGAUGAGGACAGACUGCUGGUGGUGUUCAACAGAGGCCUCAUCCUCAUGACUGAGUCCUUCAACACCCUGCACAUGAUGUACCAUGAGGCUACUGCGUGUCAUGUGACCGGAGAUCUAGUGGAGCUGCUGUCCAUCUUCCUGUCUGUUUUAAAGGCAACGCGACCCUACUUACAGCGCAAAGAUGUGAAGCAGGCGUUGAUCCAGUGGCAGGAGAGGAUUGAUUUUGCUCAUAAGCUGCUGACACUGCUGAACUCUUACAGCCCACCGGAGCUGCGUAACGCCUGUCUGGAUGUGCUGAAGGAGCUGGUGCUCUUGAGUCCUCAUGACUUCCUGCACACGCUCGUGCCCUUCCUGCAGCACAACCACUGCACUUACCACCACAGCAACAUCCCCAUGUCGUUUGGCCCGUAUCUGCCCUGUAGAGAGAAUAUCAAGCUGAUGGGCGGAAAGAACAACAUUCGACCUCCCAGACCGGAGCUCAACAUGUGCCUGCUGCCCUCGAUGGUGGAGACCAGUAAGGGUAAAGAUGAGGUGUAUGACAGGAUGUUGUUGGACUACUUCCUGUCGUAUCAUCAGUUCAUUCACCUGCUCUGCCGAGUUGCCAUCAACUGUGAGAAGUUCACCGAGACUCUGGUGAAACUCAGUGUGUUGAUAGCAUAUGAAGGACUUCCUCUACACCUGGCUCUCUUUCCAAAACUAUGGACAGAACUUGCUCAGUCUCAGUGUGCGAUGGCUCAGUCGUGUGUGAAGCUGUUGUGUGAGGAUCCGGCGUUUGGAGAAUACAUGAAAUGCAUCCUGAUGGACGAGAGAAACUUCCUGAACAACAACAUCGCCUACUCCUUCCUCACCUGCUUCUUACAUAAAGUGCAGGUGCAGGUGUUAUCAGGCCAAAGCUGCUCGAAUCUCGUCAAUGUGUUGGUGACCAACCUACUGAACGAGUACCACAGCCUGCAGCCUGAGCUGACCAAUCAGAGAGCAGAGUUGAGCAAGACCAGCAGCCUCCUGAACGCAGAUCUGCGUGCGCUGCUGCUGGUGCUGUCAGUUUACGCCCCUCAGCAGCUGGAUCCUGCUUUAGGUCCGGCUCUACAGGAGCUGCUGUCCAAAUGCAGACUGUGUCUGCAGCACCGCACCACUUUAGAGAUGGAGGCCAAGGAACGCAAAGCCAAAGUGGAAGAGGAAGGUGUCACUCCAGUGAAGCGCCGGCGGGUGAGCAGCAGUGCUGAAGAUCGGCCGGCAGACAGCGUCUGUCCUCCAUCUGCUUCCUCCUCAUUGGCUCCCUGCUCGGAGCAGAAGGCGGAGCCAGGAGAGGCGUUAACGCCCACCAGCACUUCGGACACCGAAACCCGAGACUCCUCCCUCAUCGACCCGGGAGUGGAAAACGACCCACCCUCUCCUGACAGCGCGUCCCUCGAGGAGAAGAAAAUGGAUAUUUCUUCUUCAUCUUCAUCAUCAUCUUCGUCAUCAUCCUCCUCCCUUCCUGAAGCGUUUGGCCGAGCGGACGAACCUCCACCGCAGAGAGCUGGAAGAGAGGAGGAGGAAGAGGAAGAUGGGCAGAAGGAAGUGCAAGAGCAGGAGGCGGAGCCAGAGCAAGAGGAAGUGCCCUCCACUUCCUCCUCCUCCUCCUCCGCUGACUCAGUGCUUUUACUCUCCAGCCUGCCAGAUGCUGCCGAGGGGCGGAGCUGCUCGCUUCAGGAGGCGGAGUCAGGCGGGUGUGCCCACGCCCCCGUGCAGGAUGCUCUGGAGAUGCUGUCGCGCACAGUCGAGGCCACGAUUGCUGUGGUUGCCAAACUUUCGAACGGGAAAGGAGGGACACGCCCCUUAGCUUUGUGAUGUUACUAUCGCAUCCCUCCUUUUUCGCAUUUCACAUUUUCACGUUCGCCAUGCUGUUCAGUUUUGUCUUUUUAAGAGUAGUUGGACAUAGUAAUUGAAGUCCAACUUUUCUUUUUUUUUUCGCUCUUUGGCCUCGCUCUUUAUCUGUUUUAGGUUGCAACACAAGAAGUUCAGUUUUCCGGUUCCAGAAAACUGAGCUCUGCAUUAAUUGUACAGAACGAAAAAAAACAACUGGAGCAUUUUUUUGUCAAAGGGCAGUUUUUUUAUUUUUUAAAUCGUGAUUUUGUUGGUUUCUUUGUUUUGAAGUGGUUUGUUUUCGAGGCUGCAGUGAAACAGGGAAAAGGUUUACAACGUUUUAGUCCCAUCAGUGCAUAAUUUAAUUAGUUUUUAUUCACGUGUAUUAUUAUUAUUAUUAUGAUUGUCUUCUGUGCCAGUUUUGUACUUACAGAUGUGAGGCUGAGAAGGCCUUGCUGUGUUUUUUUUUUUCUCUCUGUGGUGGAUAUCAAAAACUAUGUUUACUUUGUAUAUUGAAAAGAAAGAACGAACCACAAGAACCUUGAUUCUGUAAAGAAUCUUCUAGAUGUUGCCUGGCUUUGUAAAUGAGAUGGG